CACAAAGCAAUCAGUUUCGGAGUCACUGAAGUAAACGCAAAGCGAUUGCAAAUCAGAGAAGAAAAUAAGAAAUUUUCAAAUAUUAUUUUCCCCCAUAAAAAUGUGUCAAAAAAUUUGCUAACUAUUGGAAAUUGUUGAGGUGAACUGAUUUUUAAUGAAUGCAAAUAAUUAUGCGUAAUAAAAUGCAGUGAAAUUAAUAUAAAAAUGGAGUUCAUUUUUCUAGUUACGACGUCGAUGAAAAUUUUGCAAAUGAAAAAAAAUGGGUAGUUGCGGUGGCGGUGUGUGUAAAUUGGAGUAAUUUAUGCGAUUUGUACACAUUUAAUAAAAAUUUACAAAAACUGAUAAAACCUUAUACAAAGUUAAUUAUACCUUAGAAGUCAAUACGUGUUGCGUUUUUAUAAAUUUUUUAACCGGCUGAGAAACGACGCACAUAUUUUCCAAGUGAAGUCAAGUGUGAAUUGAAAAAGUUCCAAGUGGGAGAAGAGACCAAAGGGGUGGAUGAAAGAUGGUCGUAUCCAAAGACUCUAAGCGGAAACGCAAAGAGUCACCGCCACCUCAACCGACGGCGGUGGAGUCGUCACCAGAAAUGCCUAAACGAACCAAAGUUCAAGCCCAACGGAAAUUCGCACAAGGCCAAAAUGCACCCACGUCAUCAUACAACUCAGUGAUUGCAGCUUCUUCUUCAUCAAAUACUGGGCCCAGUACAUCGUCAGAGAGCCGUGAACCACCAACGGAGAUUUUACCAAACAAGCGUCCUAAAACCGAAGAUUUUCUAACUUUCUUGUGCUUUCGUGGAACACCCGCAUUACCAGCGCAUUUAGACUUUCUAAAUCAAGGAAAGACGAAAGAACCCGAGGAUACUGUAAAGAUUAGUCCUGUCAAACAAGCUAAAGGUGGAAAGAAAGGCAAAAAAGGACGACCUAAAGGCAGCACAACAAAGAAGGAAGAACCCAAAGCGUCAACAUCCAAAAAUGCAGUGUCCAAUGCUGCAGAAGCGCCUGAAAAUAGCGAGACCAAAACGGGUGCACGUAACACAGAAGUAGCUACGAAAACAGAAGACAAUAUUGAAACUACAGAAAAUAAUGUUAUACCAUUUGCCGUGAGAAAACGUGCCGAAGUAGUUCCUGUUGGUAAUCGUCGAAGUCGUCCAGCGGGCGAACAAUCGGCCAACAAUACCUCCGAAGCUGAUAAGUGCAAUAAUUCAACGGAUACAAAACGACGUCCGAAUCGGGCUGGUGCAAAAGAUACACAACAAGUGAAUGAGCAUGAAAGUGAAGAAGACGAUGAGUUCUAUUCUGCAAAAGAUGAAGCGACUAAAAUUGAGGAUUCCGAAAAAGAAUCCUAUGCAGUGCGAAGAAACGAUGCUAAGAAAUCAAAAACGCCUACAAUACAGGAGCGUAAAUCAGAAACGCCUUCGAAGGAGAGCGAAACGGGGCGUUCCCGCAAGGGUAGACCUCCGUCAACGGCGAAGAAGGGUAAAGAUGUUGUGCUAGAGGAUGAACACACGGAAUUGAAUUCCAAAGAAAAUACAAAAGUAACACAAAAAACAGAAGAUAAGCCAAAGGCUAAAGACAAAGUUCCAGUAAAACGACCUAGACAAAAAGAGUCGCCAAUAUUUAUACCAUCGCCUGAGCCCUCAGGACGUAUGACAAGGCAACGCGCCUUUUUUGAACCAGUAAAAGUGAUACACACCGAAGAAACGCAUGACGAAGCAGUUGUUGAGAAUAAUGUGAAAGUAGAAAAUGCCGAAAACAAAUCAAUCAAAGAUUCUGCCGAUAUUUCACAACGCCAAACAACAAACAAAAAUUCUAAAAAGUCAAUCAAAAAUGCAGAUGAAGAUUUGAAUGUAGAAAGUAAAGAUAAAAUGAAUGUUUUUGACUUUUCGUCCGACGACGAACAACCCUUGGCAAAAUCUAUGAAAAUCAAGAAGGGACCCAAGGCUUCACCAAAGAAAGCCGGCGGCCGUGCGGGCAAAUUGGCGAAAAAAAUCACACCCAAAAAAGCAAAUUCGGAGCAAAAGCAAGAAUCGCCCGUAGCUGAGGCUGUCGAAACACAAGACGAGGUCGAAACAAAACCAAUAGCCAAUGGCAAUGAAAAGGCAGCGGUGGAAGAAAAGCAGCUAGCGCCUCAAAAACCAAAAGGUAGAGGCAGAGGGAGAAUUGCAAAACGGAAAACAGAAGAAGGUGUUGAAAUCGAAAAGGAACCUGCUGCACCACAAUCGCCGAAAAAGCAAUCACCUGCGCGUCAAUUAACAAGUAAAAAAUCUAAGUCAGACAUCUCGGCACUAAAUGGUGAUGACGAAAAGGAGACUAGCACAAGCGGAAAUGCAAGAUCGCGACCAUCACGAAAAACAAAAGAGGCAGCUGCAAUUUAUAUGGGCAUCAUAGGGCAUAAACUACAAUUAGCCGAAGAUGAAGAUGAUGAUUUAUCACUAAACAGUUUUCCAGAUCGGCCCAAUGUGAAAGAGAUGGAAAAAAUGGAGAAUGAGUUGAAGCGCAAUGCCGCUACUACAGGUGUCAAUACAAAUACAACAGUUAGUGCGCCGACCACACAAAAAGAGGCGGCAAAACCCACAGUGGUGGAACCAGUAGUUCCUGUGGAGAAACCAACGACCGCAAGACGCGGCCGUCCACCCAAGCAACCCAAACAAGCGCCAGUUAAACGUGAAAUUGAAGGUAUGCUGGUUAAGAAAGGCGCCAUCACGAAAAUACCAACAACGGUGGAGAGCGCAACGAGUAGCAAGCAAAAAUCGGAUAUCAGUAAAGCAGAUACCGAUGACGAAGAUUUUCUGUUGAAUAAAGAGUUAAAUGAGACGAAGCGCAAACUUGAGAAAAGUUUCAGUGAUUCCGAUGACGAACCGCUUGCGAUAAAAGUGAAUAUAAAAUCAAAUGAUAAAGAUUCUGAACAUUCGGAUUCGCGAAAAUGUGACAGUACAAUGCAAAAUUUUGUGCCACCGAAUCAAUUGAUGAUGUUACCAAUUACCACGAAACCAGUGUCAACACCACCACUCAAUACCGCCGCACCAGUGACGAGCGCUUCCCCGAUAACAGCAACAGUGCCACAGAGUGCGACACCACAAAUACCAAGUCCAUUUAAAACGAUUGAAAAGAAAUCACCCAUACCAACAUCAAAAAUAUUAAAUGUGCCAGCGACUUAUGCAAUACCUACGGCGACACCGACGCCCGCUAAUGUGAAUAUCGCGCUCAAUGCUGGCUUCAAUAAAACACCGAAUUAUUUGCCACCAGCCUCACCACACUAUCAUACGCAACAUGUGCGGCCAGCGGCACUACCAUUUCCGACCGCCAAGUCGCCCACAGCACCACCAACGCCCACGAGCACACAUCUGCAGGCACCGCUACCGCCACAGUCACCGUUGAAGUACCCAGCGGCACCCACAACUUAUCCACCACCAAUCGAAGCAUAUCCAUCACCGAAAAUUAAUCCGAAUUUCCUAACACCGAAAUUCGAUCGUACCACUUUACCGCGCACCAAUAACUUCCCAUCACCAUCUCCAGUGAAAUUCGAACUCUCACCCGUUAACAAAAGCGGACUUGGCAAUUCGUCUUUGGCAACGAAAAUGAACAUACCCGGUGCCGGCACAUCUGUAGCUAUAACAGCGAGCGCCAGUGUGACUACCACGGCUACUGCCGGCGCGGCAGCCGCAUCCGCCGACCCUUUAAAAGAUGAAAUAGGCAGCAUACUCACAGCCAGUCUCAUGCCCAGCAAGGAGGAGUCGGGCAAAGUAUUUGGCAUAGCUAGUGUUAGUCUGGCGCAAAGUUCGGGGCCGGACAACACCAAGUGUACGCUGGGUAAAUGCGGUUCCAUACACAAACCAGUAUUGGGACCUGUAGUGCCCACCGAAGGUUAUAUCGGUGAUCAGCUGUCGAGCAAGGAACGCCGCAAAGCAAAAGUGAAUAUGACGCACGAACAAAUACAAAAGUGGUUAAUUGAGUGUUCGUCAAAUCCCGAUGAGAUACAAGAUGACUUGGACGAUGACUUCGAUGAUAAUCUGCGGCCGAAUCUAUUUGCGACCACGCCGCCGCCAACACGCGAUGACAAGGAGAGCACAUCCUUCAGCUCGUCUUCGAAGGCCACACGUGAUCUUGGUAAGAGCGAAAGCGCCUGGUCAGCUAAGGGUCCUUCUCUGAAGGCCACACCAGUAAUUGCAACGAACAACCGUAAGGAUGAAGGAAAAUUACUGGAUACAGUUAGUCCCAUGGACAUCGCCACCGAAAACGAGCGAACAACUGCGCAAGCAAUAAAUCUCACGCAAAAGGGUAGCGUUAAGGCGAGCGCCAAUGCGCAUGCCAGAAGCGAGACACCAACGCCAGUUAAGACCACACGCGCCGAGAAGACAGAAAAGAAAACUGCGGCCGUUAAGAAACUCAAAGAGGACAAAACAGCUAACGAGACGGCGAGUAAGGACAAUAAGCAAAGUAAACACGAAAAGGAAAAGGACACACCAACAAGCUCCAGUGUGAACUCCAAAACAACUGCGGCUGGCAAGCAGGCGCAAGCCCAAACGCCUACAACUACACAAACACCCGCGGCGGAGACUACACCAACGUCGAAGCAAAAUCGUAAGAAGAACACCGCCAACGCAAUGGUGCCACCAGCCACCGAGGAGAAGAACACAACACCUGUCAAGUCCGCACCAAAUACUCUACCGCUCAGUGGUUCAAUGGCUACAAAAACGCCUAAACGAACGCCUGUCUACAAUCAAAAGAAUCAGCAGAAACAAAUUGAACUUAAGGAAACAACAACAACAAGUCACAAGAAGAGUGCGCCAUUUUCGUACAGCGCAUUUUCAGCGGAUAACGAGAAAUCCAUAUAUUCCUUCGACAAGGACGACGAUGAAGCCGAUGGCAACAAGAUGCAGCACACAACGCCAGCGUUUAGACGGCAAAGCGGACGCGACUCACAAAAUGAAGAGUCCACACCAAAUACGCCAACCAGCAAAGCAUCGCCGGGUAAGAAGCGUACAUCGGCGACCGCAGCAGCAGCGGCAACAACAACCGCGUCUAGUGAAAAGCCUAGCAAAGAAGUAGCUGGUAAGCCGCAAAAUAGUUCCGUUUCCUUGACACUAAGUCCUUCGGAGAAUUGUAAGCUCGUGAAAGUGAGUUUAGACUCUGAGAAACCCGGUGGCAGCAAUAAAGCUAACGCAGCGAAAUCUGCGAAAGCCGGUAAGAAGCAGGAGGCCGCAAAUAAUGAUGCUGACUCAGACUCGGAGGGUCAUACUUUCUACAUACCACUGCAAGGUGUAGGCACCGGCGGCGAUGGCGAAGGUGGCAUACAAGGUGUAGCGGUGAAAUUGGGACGCGAGGGACCCGAUGGGCCGAAUCAAAAGGUUAUAAUGCACGCCACAUUGGUGACGAAAGCGCAAAUGGGUUCCAAUUCUAAACCACUACCCGAGUCCAUGAAUGUGGCGGAUAUUGUGAAAACUCUAAUACCCAGUACGCAAAGCCUGGCGUCGGCUUUGGCAACAGGUGCAAAGAAUACGGCCGAAGAUAGCGCGAAAAAGACGGAGAAGUCGAGCACUACAAACACGAACAGUUCCGAUGCGGCAACAGCAAAUGCUGAUAAAUCAUCUUCGAAUAGUUCGAAAAAUGUACCCAUCGGCACCGUGCAGCCCAGAUAUAAGCCAGGCGCAGAUGCUAGCAAUCAGCCAUCAACAUCGGCGGCUGCGGCAAAUGCCAAUAGUGCGGCUGGUGGUCCAUUGGUGCGUGUCAACUCAAACUCUUCGCUUUUCUCAGGUUCGGCUAAAUCACGCAUGGGCGGGGCUGGUCCCGGUCCAAGCGGACAUGGCGCGAAUAAGAAAUUUAAAGAUGACACACCCAUCAAAAUGUCCAAUAAUACGGCAUUUCCGCGUCACGACGAUCCCACGCAAAUGGUGGAGGCGCCCAUCUUUCGGCCAACCGAGAAAGAGUUUGCCGAUCCCAUUGAUUUCAUUGAACGCAUCACCCCCAUCGCUGCGCGAUUCGGUAUUUGCAAGAUAAUACCGCCGGCCACAUUCAAGCCCGAGUGUCGCAUAUCGGACGAAAUGCGUUUCACGGCAUACAAUCAAUACGUACAUAAGAUGCUCCAUCGCUGGGGACCCAGCGCCAAGGAGCUAAGUGCAAUUAAGAAAUAUCUAGCCACACAGAGCAUCGUUAUGAAUCAUCCACCAUGGAUUGGCGGCAUGGAAGUAGAUCUACCGCGUCUCUAUCACACAGUGCAAGAGCUGGGCGGCUUAAAGGAGGUGAUUGAGAAGAAGAAAUGGGCGCGUGUCGCCGAAGAGAUGUGCAUUCCGAAGUUGGCACAAGAUCGUGUUACGAAACUUGAUGAUAUCUACUGCAAGUAUUUGCUACCUUACGAUACCUUAUCGCCAGCCGAGCGUCAGAAACUGUUCGACGAAGUUGAAGCGGAUUGGGCGAAGCGGGAGGCGCGUGCACGACGUAAUGCCGAUCGUUUCGUGAAUACGGAAAGUGUAUCGAACGAAGAAGACGAUGUCUCCUCGGAGGAUGAUGAGGAGUCUGAAGAGGAGGUGGAUGGCGUGUCAAUGGAGUGCAUUGUGAAAGGCCGCAGCAUGCCGCUUAGUCAAUUUUAUCGCAUUGCGCGCAAUACAAUGGCGUUGUGGUUUAAGAACACCGAGCCGAUUGUCAACGAGGUCGAGGCUGAGUUUUGGCGUCAUGUAGCCGUGCGUGACAGUCAUGUGUGUGUGCAUUCUGGUUCUAUCGAUUCCUCCGGUUGGGGUUAUGGCUUCCCCAGUCCGGGGCCAAAGAGCAAAGGUUCGAAUUAUGCGCGUCACCCGUGGAAUCUGAAAGUGCUAACAAAUAAUCCCGGAUCGGUAUUGCGCUCGCUUGGUCCUGUAAUGGGCGUAACAGUACCGACUCUGCAUGUAGGCAUGUUAUUCUCUGCGUGCUGCUGGUACCGCGAUCCACAUGGGCUCUCCUGGAUUGAAUACUUACAUACAGGCGCCUCAAAAUUGUGGUACGGCAUUCCAGAUGACCAGAGCGCCAAUUUCCGAUCGGCACUUACUUCGCUCAUUCCCACACAUUGUCAGAAUAAGACUAUAUGGCUGCCUUGUGACACGGUUAUGGUGCCACCACACAUGCUCACCGAUCGCGGCGUAUCGCUAUGUCGCAUCGAACAGAAACCGGGCGAAUUCAUUGUUGUAUUUCCACGUGCCUACACCUCGAGCUUGGCCACGGGCUAUGUGGUCUCGGAGAGUGUGUACUUCGCCACGACGUCAUGGCUGGAUUUGGCCAAAGAUGACUUUAGAGACAUUCAUGAUAGCUGCGAACCAGCCAUGUUCUCUUUGGAGCAACUACUCUUCGCUUUGGGUUAUGAUCAGCGUGUGACCUCUGACACGCUGCAGCAGAUGUUACCUAUGCUGCAAGAGGUAUACGAGAAGGAGUUGGCCGCGCGUGAGCAACUCAAGGCUGCUGGCGUUACGUCCACGGAGAAGGUGGGCAAUGAGAAAGGUUCCAAAGCUAAAAAGCAACAACCACCACACAAAUCGAUCGAGAGCGAGUGUGAUUUGUGUCGCGCUAAUCUCUAUAUCUCAAUGGUGAAAACGGAGGAAGGCAAUGUCUAUUGCCUGCAACAUGCAUUGAAGAACCUCAACAAUGGCAAUAUACAGGCGAAGCAAUGCAAACUGAUUUACGCAUACAAUGUGGAAGAUAUUGAAAGUUUAAUAAAAAAUCUCAAAGAUAAGAUCCAACAGAAGCGGCAUGCCGUUACGGGGAAGAAGUCCAAGUAGUAUCGUGUGCGCCGUAAACGAAAUCUCUGUAAAUAAGAAUGCAUUUGCGAUUUUAACUCAUGCGUAGAUUGAUUUCGUACUUCGUACUGUCCGGGGCAACAAAUAUUUAUAUUUCGAAUGGUAAAUUGCAAUUUUGAAUGCUUUUUGAGUGACACAUACACACUAUGCAUACGACACAUAUACAUAUGCAUAUGUACGCGCUUUAUUUGAUAGUAUGUAUUUGUAGAAGCUCGAAAACGGUUUUAGAAACCAACAAAACUAUGUAUGUAUGUAUGUGUAUAAAUAUUUACUAUACACAGUUAAGAUUGAUUCAUUUAUAUUUAAUUAUAUAUAUAAAGGAUUAUAUAUGUAUAUGUACAGUUGUGUAUACAUGCGUAUAUAUAAACAAUUGCAACACAACAACAACAUGCGUGCGUGUGUGCAUAAUUUGUAGAUUUAAACGCUAGAAAGUUGCAAUUUCUAAUUUAACAUUUUGCUAUUGCAGUUAGAGUAGUGCACUCACACACACACACACACACACACUCUCACAUACUUAGUGUGUGCAAAUGAAUUUUUCUUUUUUGUUUUCGUUUUUUCUUUUCUUUGGUAUAAAACUAAUAAUAAAUGAUAAAUUGUAUUUGAUGUUAAGCAAUGAUAAAUUUACGUGAUGUAUA